CGAAAAUAGAACGCUCCUUCCCCCCUUUCGUACCCCCCCAAAAACACGAAAAUGCUUCCAGGGUGUCGUGUGCAAACCGAGUUUAUAGACAAACACCGCGAUUGCUCGGGCUCCACAUUCGAUUUGGUGGUUGUACAGUGAGGACAACUCUGGGCCUUAAUACACAAAUCCGCCACGUUCUAAAAACGAUUCCGAUCAAGACCGAUUUUUAUCGAACCAAACAAAAUGCCUUUCAAACCCGCCGACCAUCCGAAAUGUCCCAAAUGCGGCAAGUCCGUCUACGCCGCUGAAGAGAAAGUAGCCGGUGGCUACAAAUUCCACAAGACCUGCUUCAAAUGUGGAAUGUGCAACAAAAUGCUCGAUUCGACCAACGUCACCGAACACGAGUCGGAGCUCUACUGCAAAAACUGCCACGCCCGCAAAUACGGCCCCAAAGGAUACGGUUUCGGAGGCGGCGCCGGUUGCUUGAGCAUGGACGACGGUGCCCAGUUCAAAGCCGACCCCGACUCCGUCACCAGUCGCGCCCCCCUGCUCGCCAAAGCCAUCGCCAAGGCCCCCGAGGGCGAGGGAUGUCCCCGAUGUGGAGGCUACGUCUACGCCGCCGAGCAAAUGCUCGCCCGCGGAAGGGCCUUCCACAAAACUUGCUUCAAAUGCGCCGACUGUAACAAGGGACUGGAUUCCUAUAACGUAACCGAAGGUCCUGACAAGGAUAUUUACUGUAAAGUUUGUUACGGAAAACGGUUCGGACCUAAAGGAUACGGAUACGGUCAAGGUGGCGGGACCCUCCAGAGCGACUGUUUCGCCGUCAGCGAUCAAGCGCCGAAGACGACGGUCAUCGACACCGCCACCAUCAAAGCGAAACCGGGCCAGGGCUGCCCCAGAUGCGGCGGCGUCGUCUUCGCCGCCGAAGAGGUCCUCGCCAAGGGCCGCCCGUGGCAUCGUAAAUGCUUCAAGUGCAAGGAUUGCACCAAGACGUUGGACUCGAUCAACGCCUGCGACGGGCCCGAUCGCGACGUCUACUGCAAGACCUGCUACGGCAAGAAGUGGGGCCCUCACGGGUACGGCUUCGCCUGCGGAUCCGGCUUCCUCCAGACCGACGGACUGACGGAGGAUGAAAUAUCAGCAAGUAGACCCUUCUAUAAUCCCGAUACGACCUCCAUCAAAGCCCCGCCUGGUCAAGGUUGCCCCAGGUGCGGUGGAAUGGUCUUCGCCGCUGAACAACAACUAGCCAAAGGAACGAUGUGGCACAAGAAAUGCUUCAACUGCGCCGAAUGCCACCGACCGUUGGACUCGGUGCUGGCCUGCGACGGCCCCGACAAGGAGAUCCACUGUCGCGCCUGCUACGGCAAACUCUUCGGCCCCAAAGGCUUCGGUUUCGGGCACGCCCCGACGCUGGUGUGCGCCGACGGCGCCGCGGCGCCCGCCGUCCACGAUUCGCAGCCCAACAGCCUCCCCAAAGCAGCCCCAGGCAGAGGUUGCAGGAGAUGCGGCUACGCGGUGUUCGCUGCCGAGCAGAUGAUCAGCAAGCACGGGAUGUGGCACAAGAGGUGCUUCAGCUGCGCGGAUUGCAACCGCUCGUUGGACUCGACCAUCCUCAACGACGGGCCCAACGGGGAGAUCUACUGCAGAGGUUGCUACGGCAGGAAUUUCGGGCCGAAGGGCGUCGGUUUCGGCAUGGGCGCCGGGACGCUGACGAUGGCUUGAGGCGAAGCCUCUUAAAGAUUCUUAAUCAAUGCGAGGUAUGGGGCGAGCGGAUUUUUGGGGAUCUUGCAGAAGAUGUCGAUGGUUUUAAUUGUAAGAUUCUUGGUGUAUGAUGAUAUGGGAAUUGGUUAAGUGGGUUUAUUUUGCGUUGUAUUAAUAUUUAUGCUUUGGAGCGCAUUUUUCGACUUAAUAUUUUUGUUUUUUUUUUGAGAUAUAUAUCGAUUUUUAUUCCAUUUUUUU